AUGAGCUGUUGUAGUGUAUCCAUUGCACUCGAAAAACUUAAAGGACGAUCAUCUCAACCGACAUGGAUAGAUCUAGUGAAGGCAGCGGCAGCGAUUGAUGCGAACGAUACGAACAAGAUUAAGGGGAAGACUUGUAAAAUCUACAAUAGAGAAUCAAGAACAAACAAUUCAAAUGAUGUUUGCACGUGCAAUCGUUUGGCUAAACGGCACAGCUACGAUGGCAAAUGCAUGAAAGCCGAUGUUGCACUUACUGCGUUGGAACUAGCUAAUGGGGCCAUAUUCACUAGUCAGACUGCAUUGGAUUGCUGUGGAGUCUUGCCGAGUGGAUGCAAAUUUAUAAGAUGUUCCGAGCAGACACCACCAAAAUUGCUUUAUCCUUUGAUACUCGCGGAUUGCGGAAACAAGAAGCCGUCACUAAUUAUCAGUGUAUAUGGCGGUGCAAAAUACUUCAUGCUAACCGAAAAACUUGAAAAGGAAUUCAUGCGAGGCAUAGUCGACGUGGCUACUAUUGCAGAUGCGUGGAUUCUAACUGCUGGUCUCAACAAUGGUGUAUCAAAGCUUGUCGGCGAAGGGAUAUCUCAAUAUCGCUUAUUGAAACAAUAUCCCAAAGAAGUUGUCUGUAUUGGUUUGACACUGUGGGGUAGUGUUAGUGAGAAUACUCGUAUCGAAUUAAAGAAAGCCAAUCAGACCAAUUCAUUCAAUAAAGAAUAUGAGCGACAGCUUCCAGAGAAUGCAAAAGACAAUAGAGAAACAGUCGACCGACAUCAUACACAUUGUGUGCUAUUCGAUAGUGGCAAACUCAAUGAAUAUCUCGGUGACGGCCAACGUAGUAGCUUUGUCAAGCAUAUCUGUGAUGAUAAAAAUGGUGAUGCAUGCUAUGCUGUAACGAUCAUCGUUGAGGGUGGAAGCAAUACACCUCAGAUAAUACAAUUCGAUAUUGAUAACGAUCGACCAGUUGUUGUUAUUCGUGGUAGUGGACGUAUGGCUGAUGUUCUAUCGAAUCUGAUAGAAUUAACGACUAGUUCUAAUAAAGAUGAACAACGAAAGCUUAGAGAUGAUGAAAUUGAAAAGACGCUCAAAGCUAGCUUUCCAGAAUUAGUUGAUGAUGCAUUAUCAACAUGUAUUGGUGAACUUAAGCGCAUAUUUAAUUCGGGAAAGCGUCAUCUCUUACACGUAUUUCGUCUGGACCGCGAUGUUAAUGUUGCAGAAACUAUUUUCAAAGCGAUAUUUUCAGCUAAUCGUCAAAAACGAGAGCUGCAAGAAAAACCGCGAAGAGAAAGGCGGGCAUCGAUUUCUGCUACACCGUCAAACAGUGAGCUAGAACAGGAACGCAAAGUUCGUAAACUGAUUGGUUUGGCACUUAGAUGGAAUUAUUUGGACGGUGUGAAACAACUUGUUGAUUUUCAAAAGUUGGUUGCGAUCUCAAGUGAAAGUAUGCAUGUCCUAAAAACAGCAUGUUUUCAUGAAGCUCUCAAUCAUGUUUGGUAUGACAGACUAGCUGCAUCGAACAAUCAUGCUUCAGCAAAGCCAUUUUUACUGUUAUCAAUUUUACUAGCAGGUUUACCUGCUCCCUACAUGAUGCUCUACGAAUUUGAACCUGCGACAGUGAGAUCGCCACAUUGGACAGAAAUCUACAUCAUUAUUACAGUGUCAACGAUGCUUUGCGAGGAUGUUCGUCAGUUCAAACAUAAUAAAUUAUGUAAAAUGACGGAACGCCACAGUUUUACUGGUUUAAACAUUCUUAGUUCUCUAACGGCUCUAUUCAAUGUUUUGCCCUACGGAUUAUUUUAUAUGGGCAUAGGAUUUCGUUAUGGCUCUGCAAACAAUGAGCUACUGUUUACUGUAGCCAGGAUUCUUCUGGCACUUGACCUUGAAGUUUGGUAUCUACAAUCAUUGAAAUUCGUCAUUGCAUUAAAAUCACUUGGUCCUAAGCUGUUCAUGCUAAAAAAUAUGUUACCAAAUCUUUUCGAGUUUUUGUACAUUGCAUCUGUGGCCAUUGCUGCCUAUGGGGUUGUAUCUCGAUCUCUCUUCAAGUAUAACCAAGUCGCUUUUGAUGGGAAAGGCAUCUUUAGAGAGAUUUUCUAUCGACCCUAUUGGUUUUUGUACGGACAGGUUUCUGACACGGCUGAUCUUGAAACGUUAAUCGAGAGUGCCAAUAGCACAGUUGUAGCUGAGGCAACAGCUACUCAAGUUCUUCUCGCCUUUCAUAUGCUAUUCAUUAAUAUUAUUCUUCUAACUUUAUUAAUUGCCGUUUUCACUGAUACAAUUGGUAAGGUUCAACAUAAUACUGAAUUCUAUUGGGAUUACCAACGCUACUCAUUUGUUCGGGAAUACUUUGAUCGACCUGCGUUGGCCUAUCCACCAUUGAUAGUUUUUCCGCAUUUCUUUCGGGUAGGUCAUUUUACAUGGCAAAUGUGCCGAAAGUUCUGUUGCAAAAAACAACAAGUGGGAAGAAGAGAUGAUCAACCAAAAUAUGAUCACUCUGGAAGUUAUUCACCUGUGUUGAAAAUAAUUGCUGCGGAAGGUAGCAUGCUGGAUGAGCAUUGGAAUAUGUUUGAGAGUGCUGCUACGUACAGUUAUGCACGAUCAAGUAUUGAACAAAAGAAUAAAUCAACUGAUGACAAGAAUUAUUUUGGUAACAAAACUAGUUUAAGCAAGGAAUAUGUACAGUCAAUGAAUGAAAACAUGAACCCAACUGGGAUUGAGAGACAACAAGAAGCAAAUAUUGAUUUGAAGGAAGAAAUCAAAUCUUUGCGGUCGACUAUGAUAGAAAUGCAAAUUCAGCUAAACAAGAUUAAUCAAUCUCUUCGCUGGAUUAUGGAUGCGAUUGAAAGAGUCAAGAUGAAUAGUAAAACAAAAUCGAGACCAGACGAAAAUAUUUCCAGUAAAUUGUCUGACGUUCCAACGUUAAAUGCACAAGCUCAAGAAUGA